GAGAGUUCAGUGUUGUGCGCUCUCCGUGCGUCACACGCUCAAAACCUCCACUGGAAGCGCACGACUCCUGACUAUUGUACAUGCAAAUACAGCCGCGGCUCCAGCUCCUCUCCGAACGCAGCAGGCUCCGUUUCUCCCCCCUACAAGCUUGAAUCCGCUUCUACUUGUGGCUGCAUCUCAGGAGUGAAAUGGAUGUCAUCCCCAUGUGUAGCAUCUUCCAGGAGCUCCAAAUCGUGCACGACACCGGAUACUUUUCGGCUCUGCCGUCCCUGGAAGAGUACUGGCAGCAGACAUGCCUCGAGCUGGAGAGGUACCUCCAGAGCGAGCCCUAUGUCUCAGCCACGGACCUCAAAUUUGAGAGCCAGGAGGACCUGUGGAGCAAGCUGAUGCUCGCCUGCGGAGACAAGUCGAACGACCCAGACCCAAAGAUCCCCCACAUCAAGGAGGAGGAAGACAAUCAGGACAACCAGCACGUCGACGCCGGCGGCUUCAACUCUGACGCCAGCAGUGAGGCCUCUGACAGCUCCGAGGAGCUCUCCCCUACCCUCGACUUCUCCUCCGGCUCUUUGACUGACAUUCUGGGCGACGGUGGCGAAGACCUGGGCUCCGCCAUCAUCAGCACACCACCAUCCUCACCUGAGCUGGGAAAGGAGGGCUCUGUAGCCCAGGUGUGGAAUGGGAUACAGACUGUGCUUCACUCACCUGGGAAAGUAAGGACUGGGGGCAUGGAGAGGACCCUGGAGAGGUCGGGGCUGACCAGCGGGGAGGCGUCACCCGACGGGAGGAGGCGGGUGCACAGGUGUCACUUCAACGGAUGCAGGAAGGUGUACACCAAGAGCUCGCACCUCAAAGCACACCAGCGCACGCACACAGGUGAGAAGCCCUACAGGUGUUCAUGGGAGGGCUGCGAGUGGCGCUUUGCAAGAAGCGAUGAGCUCACCAGACACUUCAGGAAGCACACUGGAGCAAAGCCAUUCAAAUGCAGUCACUGCGACAGGUGUUUCUCCCGUUCUGACCACCUGGCACUGCACAUGAAGAGGCACAUCUAAGAUGUCCUCCUUGUUGAGAGCUCUGGGGGACGAUUCUGGUUGAUUGUCCCGACCUGUGAGGGAUCAGCGAGGCCGGUGUGCUCCGCCGUGUUCCAGGCAGUGGAAAAACAUGAAGCAACGCAGGCUAUUAUUUGCACCAUACUUAGUGCCUCCAACAACUCGCUGUGGAGAUUGCUCUUGAAAGGCUUUUACAGAGGAGCGGGAGGGUGGGGAGAGACUUGAAAAAAAUUUAAAAAACAGGAAAAAUCUGGGCUGGAGAAGACGGGAAGAGACUCUUCUGUAUGGUGUUCGAUGCUUUUUUCCUGGAGGAUUAUGGGACUCCUGUGGGGGUGCCGUUCCUCCAAUGACAGUGUGUUUGCCUGUGCGCAUGGGGACUGUGAGUGCCUGCGACUGGAUGCCUGUGCUGGCUUUAUGGAGCAGAUGGAGCUUGCAUUGUGGAGCGCGAAUGAAUGAAUGACAUGGAGGGGGUGAGGUUGUGCGAGGGAGGUUUUUUGGGGGGGGAUAUCUGUUGUCUCUCUGAGAAUGAAUGCAAGCAAAAAAAAAAAAAAAGGUUCUGUCUGUGCUGUUUGAGUCUGUUGGCUGUGGAGAGGAGUAGGGGGCUGUUUGGUGGAGCUGAUUUGCUAGAGAGCGCCCCCUUUGUGCCCGGAGGUGGAACUACAGCUCCCUAUUCAAACGUGGGAGGUCGUUUUGUUUAGUGCAGCUAUUAAAUGUGCAAUGUAUUACGUAGCCUGUCUCAAACCAUACACGCUAUAAAGCUCAUUUUGUUGUCCAUUGUGUAAGCUCUGUAUCUUAAAAGAAAAAAAGAAAAAAAAACAAUGGUUGUACACAAACAGUUAUCACCGUAAUAACAGAAGUUGCAUGGGAUCUGGGGAUGUGUUGCUCACCUGUUUGCUAAUAGGACAACAAAAUUCCAUUCAAGAGCAGCUACCUUCAUAUUAUGCUAUCAUAGUAUUGUACAAAACACAUAAGGCAGUCAUUUUUUUUUAAUUUUAUUGAUAAUUUGGGGAUACCACUAUUGCUUGGCAACUGUCUUGACCGUGGGAUUUUUGUUUCUUUUUCUUCACUUUGGCUUUUCCCUUUUUUUCUAUCUGUAAAUGCACUGUUGACCUUACUGAUGCCUUAUGUAAGUGGCCUUGUCCUGUUAAAUAGAUCACUCUCUCUCUCACACACACAAACACCAAACGGGGGUUGUGAAUGCAUAGUAGUGCGUUAUUGAAUAGCUUUAUAAAGGCUCUGAUCCAUACAGUCACACCUUUGCCCUUUUGUCUCGGGACAAACUCCUCUAAACUCCUGAAUAAUAAAAAAAUAACUAUAUAUCAGCUUCGUAAUGACUGCCAUUUUUAUAUUUCUGUGCUUUCUUUGCUGAAUAUAUCAUAACUAUAUCAGAACUACAUCAUAUUCUCCAAAAUGACCCAGGCCUGAGAAAAGAAUUGCGGAGCACUCGGAAAAGCAAAACAGUUUUGUACUGGUUUACUACUAUGUAGUAAUGUAGAAUAAGAUGGUGUGGAUGCACGUCAUAUGGACUGUAACUUGCUGUCAAAAGGUACAGAGUCUUGGAAACAUGUUCUCAUGAAAUGUGGCAUGCUCAGCCAGCAAGGUCGUGACAAAUUAAGAUUUACUGCAAGGAAAACAUUUACAUUUGGGCCAUUUAUAUCAGUUGAUGUGUCAGAGGCUUACAGUCUUAAAAAAAAAAAAAAAAAAAAAAAAAAAAGGUGUCCUUUAGAGUAAUGACAACAUGCUCAAUCACGAGUCUGUUUUGAUGUUGUAUGUUUUGGUAAGUCUCACCCUCAGGCUGAGCCUGUAUAUUUACUCAGUCCUGGUUUACACAACCCACGAUCUGACUAAACGGUACCAAAACCGGUCUAACAGGUUCAGCCGAGCUGUGUUGCAGGUCUAGAGGUUUCUGUCUUUUUCCUGCAGGUGAACUGAGAAGAGACUAGGACCAGAUGUAUGUCUGUACCAACUUCACUAUAUGCAUGUUUUAACUUCAGUUACAUGACUUCAACACACUCCUCUGUGGGUUGAUAGAAUUCUCUGCUCUCUCAGAUGUAUUGAAAUCCCUUCGGUUCACAAUUGGAUAAGCUCCGUCACCAUUUUCCCUAUUUCUUGAAACCUUUUUGGAGCCACAAUGUCAAUGUUUUGUCAAAAAGUAACACGCGUGGAAGCGUGGAAAAAAGAACUUGUCUGCUUUAAGGGUUUGGCCGAUUUUAAAGCGGUCAUAAAACGUGGCAUCGGUCACUGUCAACAUCACAGGUAGCCUCGUGGAAACUCAACAACUGUACAGGUGAACCUUAAGCAACAUUAAAGAAAAUCAGUUGGCCAAUGUUUCUUUUUACACUAAGAAGUGUCAAAAAAUACAAAGAUUGUGUACAUUGUAAACUUAAGAGAAUUUUGUAUGGAAGCUUCUAUUUUGAAAGGGUAUGGGACCAAAAACAAGUGCAGUGUGUUGUUUCUCAACAUGAACCAACUAAGACAAGAGGCUGAAGAAUUACUGUAAAAUAGACACACUCCAUUCUCCUUCAUUUGCUUCUGUAACGUCCUUGAUUUUGAUCUGACUGGAGAAAGGUAGAGCAAAUGUACAUUUUAGAAAGGCAUAAAUAGCGCCUACACCUGUGGCCUAUCAUCUUUCAAGAAAAGAAAAAACAAAAAAAAACAAAAAAAAACUACUUUUCAGACGCGAAUUGUUCUGGACACUUGAAUUGUUCUAAUUUUGCAUUCUGGUGCCUGCUAAGUAUUACGUUUUUUUAAUUUGCCAUGUGAUUUCUUUCUGAACUUUUCAAAGACCUGCGAAGACGCCCUAUCUUUAGCUAGAGAAUCUUUAUUGGAUAAACAUGGAAAUGAAAUAUGAGGCUCUAUUUUUGUUUGUUUUAUGUUAUAACAAGAUUUUUUCAUUUGAAAUUG